CGGCAGAUCAUCGGUUCAGCGUAAUACCGCAAUUAAUCAUCCAUGUCUCUUUUUCAACAGCGGAGCUACGAAGCUAGGAAGCGUGUUAAAGCCUUCACGAUGCUGUCCUUCUAUUUGAAUCCUGGUAUCCCUCUCUCCUUUGCAACACCUGUAUCGCAUACCCGCCAUCCUGUCAAGCUUGCCCCAUCUUCGCAAUGCAAGCGUACCUUCAACACAAUGCCAUUAAAGCUUCGGUUCGCAACCAGCUCGAUCGAGCCUAUGAAGAGUCCAACCUAGGUCCCCUUGAGCUAGACAAGCCGGAUACGCGAAGAGUACGAAGCUCGGAUCAGCAACAACGACGACCACAUGGAGAUUUUCUGAUGCCUGGAAUCCAACUAGUGGAGGACAACAGUAGCAACCAGGAGCAAUCCUAUAUCUUUCUCGUCCGCUGGGAAAAUGAGACAGAUGUGUUCAACCCGCGAAAUUUCAGUCUUGCUACCAAAAUGAUGGGAACAUUCAUUUUGUCUGCCCUGUCGUUUGUGGCCAGCGCUUGGUCCUCCAUUGAAUCCGCAGUGAUAUCUCAAAGCAGCGCUGCCUAUAAUGUUAGUGAAGUGGUGGCUUCUUUGUUCACCGCGAUAUUUCUCCUCGGUUUCGCCGCCGGUAGCUUGGUCUCAGGGCCUCUUUCUGAGAUCUUGGGCCGCAAUGCAGUCUACCCCAUUUCUACAACCCUUUUCAUGAUCUUCAUCAUGAGUUCCGGACUCUCGCCAAACAUUGGGGCUAAGCUGGCAUUCCGCUUCUUGGCUGGGGUAACUGGCCGUCCGCCGCUCACCUGUGCUGGGGGCACGGUCGCUGAUAUUUGGAAUCCGCUCGAGAAGACCCUGGCGCUUCCUGUAUAUGCCGUUCUUUCAUUUGGGGGUGCAAUCGUCAACUGGAUUGUUCUUACCAUGGGUGGCCUUGUCCUCACCCUAGUGGUUUUUUUCCAGCCUGAAACCUACAGCCCGUUACUCCUGAAAUGGAAAGCGAAGCACCUACGCCAAUUGACCGGGGAUUCACGUUAUCGGUCGAAACUGGAGUUGGGACAGAUUCCGUUUGUUUCCUGGGUCGCUUUGGCCUGCGGUCGACAAUUCACCUUGGCUGUUCGAGAGCCGAUUAUCCUUCUAUUGGCUUUGUACAUGACCGUCCUGUAUAUCGUGCUGUUUACCUUCUUCGACGGAUACGGAUAUAUCUUCACCGAAGCGCAUUGCCUGUCGCAGCCAUUGACGAAUAUCGUAUGGGUAGCGAUGUACGUGGGGAUCAUGCUGGCAGGUUUGCUGCUCCCUGGGAUAUACCGACAGUAUCGUAAAGCCAGCCUGGGCCUCAACGAUAGUAGCGGUGGUCUAAACAACAUAAGGUCUCCGGCGCACAAGUUGAGCUCCACUGACCCGGAGCAUAGGCUCUAUCUAUUCUGGAUGGGAUGGACAGACUUUAAAAACAUCUCUAUCUGGUCGCCAAUCAUCGCGUCCGCCCUUUUCGGCUUUGGUAGUAUUUCUAUUUUCAUCUCCAGCUACAUGUACGUGAUUGACGCCUACGAGAUCUAUGCUGCUUCUGCGCUGGGUUUCACGACGGUGACACGCUACUGUGCUGCGGGCGCAAUGACCGUGGUCGGAAUCCCGUUCUACAAGAACCUGGGGCCCCAGUGGACAUUGACCAUUUUGGGCAUCAUCAGUGCUGUGUUGACGCCAGUCCCUUUUGUAUUCUGGAGGUUCGGCAAGGUGAUUCGGGGAUGGAGUCGAUAUGCGGUCUCGGAUUGA